AUGGGCCUCAACGCCAAAGGCCGCAAUUGGGGUCAACUUAUCAACUGGGAUGAUCUGGGAAAGUUUUAUGCUGCUUUCAUUAUUGCAUGGACGGUCUUACUAUACGCUGGAGCAGUAUGCCUUGUAUGGAAUCGACGUCUUGCUUUCAUUAAGAUUCGCAACCUCCCACUAGCUAUUGCGGCAGUGAGCUUUCUGCAUGUAUACCUGGUCAAGAUAUUCCUUGCAUACACCACCAAUGGCCAUUUCCUCUGCUCGGCUGAAUUCUGGAUUAUGAGCAUAUACCUCCCAUUCGGAAUAGCACUUUUCCAGGCGAAUCUUAUCCGACUCAAGAGCAUUAGUGAUCAACAAAGGCAACUUCUUGCAAAGCCACCGUCCACUUUUCACAAGUUAAAUCCUUCUGUCUGGGGUCACGCUCGUGCUCAAUGGCAGUCACUUCGGGACGUGCAGAAAAGUUACCUCCUAGUCGGAUAUGGAAUGUUGAUUCAGCUCGUGAUUACGGCCGUCCUCUACGCAACCACUCCUACUCUGCAAAAUGAUUACACAAGUUACGGGCCAGUGACCCACGACAAAGGGCAGGCAUUAUGUCGAAAAUCUCCUCAAUGGAUACCGUCUGCAUUUUGGCAACUGGCCUGGGCUUGGUUGUAUGGUCCAUAUAUCCUUUUCAGUGUCCGCAAUAUACACGACACACAUUACUGGCGUCUGCAGGUCAUUGUCAGUGUUAUCUCUGGUCUUUCAGGAACACCACUAUGGCUUGCUGCUGUCUUCUCGACCGCCUUCGUGCAUAUCAAUCCCUGGUUUGUUCCACCGAUGUGGCUAGCGCCAGGGAUCAUUGUCAUGCAGUUUACCACGAUCUUUUUUCCAGUCUACGAAAUAUAUCAAUCGAGGUCGCUUAUGCGCACCACCUUGGCUAUUUUGGAAGCUUGGGAGGACAAGAAGAAUGCAGCGGAGUCCGAACGAUACCUCACCUCCAGUUCGAGUAGCCAUUCAUUGGGCACCAACGUUUCAAGUUCCAAAGCAUCGUCACGGCUGCACCGCGAGUUGUGUUCUAUGUCGUCUUUGGAAAAAGCCUUGGCAGUUAACCCUGAUCCACUACUACACUUCGCCGCCACCAAAGAUUUCACCGCGGAGAAUAUCCUAUUCCUUGUCCAAGUCAGCCGAUGGCGUCAAGCUUUCCAGGCAGCACCGUGCCUUGGAGGUGCGAUUACAGAUGUCGCAAGGUCACACUUCUUCGAAUCCGCUCUUCAAAUCUACAUGGAUCGAGUCUGCGAACGAACUACGAAAUUCCCAAUCAACAUCGAAUGGCAGAUCCGCCGAAAUCUAGACAAUGUUUUCGCGUCAGCAAUUCCGGCAAACGUACACCGCCACAACAGUGAUGGUGCGACAACAAGAAUGGCGCUGCAUUCAUAUAUAUUCCCCGUGGAGAAGGCCGAACACAAAUUCGAGCCUCAUCCAGCAGUGGCGCCCUUGGGCAUUUCCCGUGCGAUGAUCAGAGACGACUUUAGCGAGGACGUGUUCAACGCGGCAGAGAAAAGUAUCAAGUAUCUUGUACUAACCAAUACAUGGCAGAAAUUCGUCAAAUAUCGUGAGGAAAAAUCUAGUUGGAGCUCUUUCCAGUGUUGAUUAGGUUUUUCGUGAUAUUGUGCCCCUGGGACCAGCAAGAUAUCAUGUUCAUUGACGGUCAUGAUCAAAACGAUCGUUGGAAGCAAGAACUUAUAAGGGGUGCUAGGAUGCACCGAUCAAGAAAGGCCAGCAACGUAAGUGAACACCGACCUUGGUCUCACUGAAGCCUUCAUGCGCGAACAUGAAAAUGCAUUACGAGCAAACACUACAUAACAUAGACCAGGGUAAGGUAAC